CUUGUAUGGCAAAAGCAAUCAGUGCCCUCGAGACGAACCAGUCCUAUACUUGUUUGUCUGAGAUUUAACUAAAACAAUGAUUAUAAAUAAAUUAUUAUUUUUAGGUUUCAUUGAAGUGAUAGCUGGUUCAGACUAUAUACCAAAACACAGUUAUAAAUUGCAGACUAUUGAGAGUGGCCGUAUGAAACGUGAUAGUAAUGACGGUAACACAACGAAUCCAUGCACACCCUACGAUCCUCCCAUGCCGAAUUUCUACGAAAAAGCAAGCAGAGUAAGCGAAGAAAAAUGCUUCGAAUAUAUUUGGAAAUUAAAAGUACGCGCUGAUGUGGAAAAAAGACGUUGGGACUGUGUAAUUUGGCGCCACCAUAAUAGUGACGAAAAUGGUCCCCACUCGGCAAUCGGAGGAAGAAAUACGGAACCUGGAGAAUUUCCACACAUGGGCGCCUUAGGAUGGAGAGCCAUUGCUGGAACUUGGAUAUUUAAAUGUGGAAGUACAUUGAUAAGUGAAAAUUAUCUGCUAACUGCCGCUCAUUGCUCCCAAACGUCAUCAGGUGAUACAACAGUUGCUGACACACGACCAGAAAUUGUAAGACUCGGUGACAAGAACAUUGUUGAUGUAUUCUACAAUGGACAAAAGCCCUUAGAUGUGAAGAUAAAACGCAUAGUAAAUCAUCCAAAUUUUAAACCUCCUAAGAAAUACUUUGAUAUUGCUAUUGUUGAACUUGCAAGGAGUGUGAUAUUUACCAAAUACAUACAACCGGCGUGUCUUUGGAGUGAUUUUGAUACAACAAGACUUGGAGCUCAAGCUACUCUUACUGGUUGGGGAGUUAUUGAGACCGCGGGUAGAAAAACAUCACCAGAGCUACAAGCUGCAGUAGUGGACAUCAUUGACUCAGGUCUCUGCGAUAGACUUCUGCGUCCCUCGUGCAAUAGACAUUGGUGUGGCUUGGAGUCUCAUCAGAUUUGCGCUGGGAAACUAGCUGGAGGAGUUGAUGCCUGUCAGGGUGAUUCAGGUGGUCCACUACAAGUAAAAAUUCCUUUGCCAAUAAUCUCUCAAGGUUCCAUGCAUUAUAUAAUUGGAGUUACAUCAUUUGGUAUCGGAUGUGCCAGACCCAAUUUGCCCGGUGUCUACACCAGAGUGUCGAACUUUGUCGACUGGAUCGAGGACAUCGUCUGGCGUGGACUUUGACAAAAUUCCUGAUGACUUUACAAUUCUUAGAAACAAAAAAUAAUCAAAAUGACAUAUGAGGAACAUAUUUUCAUGGAAAUAAAAUUUAAAAAAGG